AUGUAUGUACCUGGUCAUGAUCAACAUAAACUAGCAAAAAUUCUUACAUUACAAACAAAAUCAGAUUGUAUCAUUAUCGAUUGUGAAGAUGCCGUAACCGAUCUUAUGAAAGAUACAGCAAGAAAAAAUACGCGACAAUUUUUAAGAGAAAAUUAUUCAAAAUUACAACAACGUGAAAUAUGUUUACGUAUUAAUUCUGUUCAAUCAAAAUAUAUUCAAGCCGAUAUCGAUUAUUUAUUGAAUGAACCAGUUGAUUGUUUAUUUUUGCCAAAGGUUGAAAAUGUCGAUGAUAUUAAAUGGUUAGCUGAUACAAUGAAAAAACGAAAUGUAACACCGAUGAAUUUAGCUAUUUAUUGUGAAAGUGCAAGAAGUUUAUUUAAUUUAAGAGACAUUUUAACGGAAGCACAUAAAUAUGAAAAUUUAUUAUCUCCACAAGCUGUGGUAUUUGGCUCAGAUGAUUUCUCAGGUAAUCUAUUUUUAUCAUCAGCUGAUGUUGGUAUUGAACGAACUCGUGAUGCCUCAGAAUUAUUAUAUGCACGUCAAAAAUUAGUGACCACAUGUAAAUUGUAUAAAAUACAAGCAAUCGAUAUGGUCUAUAUUGAUUAUAAUGAUUUAGAUGGAUUAAAGGAACAAUCGUUACAAGGUGCACGGAUGGGUUUUACGGGAAAACAAGUAAUUCAUCCAAAACAAGUACCUAUUGUUCAACAAGCAUUCACACCGUCAGCCGAACGAAUUAAAUGGGCACAAAAGUUAAUUGCAUCAUUUGAAGAACAUCAAAAAGCUGGACAAGGUGCGUUUACAUUCGAAGGACUAAUGAUUGAUAGACCACUAUUGUUACAAGCACAAUAUAUACUUGAAUUAAGCAAAGCAAAACAGUAG